AUGGGCGAGGCGCAGCGAGCGCCCAGGCUGGAGGCGGAGCAGGCUGCCCAAGAGGUGCAGCUACCCGCGCAGACGGGGUUCCAGCGGCCCGAGGCGGAGCUGCGCAGGCAAGCCGCCAGCCCUGGCCCGCCGCCCUUCCCCAUGCUGAGCCGCAUUUACCAGGCCAGCGACGCGCGACUGGCGCCCGAGCGGCGGCGCGCGCGCAUCACCGCGCCUGUGCGCGGCGUGCCCGUCUACGUCAUGCUGCCGCUGGACACGGUCUGGCUUUUAGAACGCGGCGGCACCACGCAGCCCCUGUUCAUCCGUGAGAAGGCCAUGGAGGUUGGCCUUGAGAUGCUGUCACGGGCGGGCGUGGACGGUGUGAUGAUUGACGUGUGGUGGGGCAUCGCGGAGCACGCGGGGCCCGGCGAGUACGACUUCUCCGCCUACCGCAAAGCUGUUUGA